AUGAGGUUCUCCAUCCUUGCCGCCGCGGCCUUGACGCCCCUCGCGUCCGCUCACUAUUUCUUCGACAAGCUCAUCAUCGAUGGUGUCGAGACUCGCAGCAAUGAGUUUGUCCGGUCCAACACUCGUCCGGCCAAGUACAACCCCACCAAGUGGGAGAAUGUCCGUGACGACAUGACGCCCGACGUCAACGACUUCCGUUGCAACAAGGGUGCGUUCACCUUUGCUGGCCAAACUGGCACUGCUGAGGUAAAGGCUGGCUCCAAGCUUGCUGUAAAACUCGCUGUUGGGGCCACCAUGCAGCACCCCGGCCCUGCCCUCGUCUACAUGUCCAAGGCCCCUGCCACGGCCAAGGCCUACGAAGGUAAUGGUGAAUGGUUCAAGAUCUUCGAGGAGAGCGUUUGCAACGCCAGCGGCGACUUCACCAAUGAUGCUUGGUGCACAUGGGACAAGGACACGAUCGAGUUCACCAUUCCCAAGGACACUCCUGACGGAGAGUACCUGAUCCGGCCGGAACACAUUGGAGUCCACGGUGCUCACGUUGGGCAGGCUGAGUUCUACUACACUUGUGUUCAAGUCAAGGUCACUGGCGGUGGCAACGGCACCCCGGGCCCCACUGUCAAGUUCCCUGGUGCCUACAAGAAGGAUGACCCCUCGUUCAACUUUUCCAUCUAUGGAGGUGUGAAGGAUUAUCCUAUGCCUGGCCCAGCCGUUUGGACUGGUGGUCACGGCGUCGGUUCCACUGAUCCUGCUCCUGGCGAGAGUGAGCCAGUUCCCUCUGCCACCAGCACUCUCGCUCCCACCCCUGUCGAGAGCGAGCCUGUCUUUGCUGCUCCGAGCGAUGUCGCUACCACCGAAGCCGCCAGCCCUGCCGCCGCCCCCGGUUCGGGCUCCGGCUCGGGUGGUGACUAUGAAGAGGUCUGCACACGCACUCGCCGCCGCCGCCAGCGCGGCCGCAAGGCUCGCCGUGCAUUCCGCGAGUCUCUCCGCAAGCUGUAA